AUGGCCCCUCCAGACGUUGCCAGGCAGACCCGCCCGGUGACGAUCGCUCCUGCAACACACAGGUCUCCCUGGGCGGAUCAUGCCAGUGACUCCAACUCGACAAUGCCAUACACCUGUCAACCCUGUGUUCGCAGAAAAGUGAAAUGCGACAAGGCCCUCCCUGCAUGCUCCAGUUGUAGUAAAGGAAAACUCGAAUGCAUCUACCAGGCCCCGCUGCCGCGAUCGCGGAAGCGUAAGCACAGCGAGGAUGUGCAUGAGCGGUUGGUGAGAUACGAGCGCAUGCUAUGCGCGAAUGGUCUUCUUUCCACAGUGGAUAAUAUGCCGUCCAAAGAGACGCCUCAAACCGCGCAGGAACGGGCCUCUGCCUGUGUCAAUGAGUCUGACACGCCGGGGGUCGGAAAACUACUGGCUGCGGAUGGCAAAUCGCGGUAUAUUGACAGCACUCUCUGGCUUGAUGCUGGCGGUGUCAACAUGCGCGAAAUGUCUGAGGACGAGGAGGUUGACCAUAGUGCCCCAGCCGGUAUUAGUUCCGUGCCUAUGGAUCCAGUUUCUGGAGCGAUGCUGGAAAUUUCGCAUAGCUUGGUCGACUAUCACCCGAGCUAUCGGGAUGCUAUGAAGCAAUGGGACGCGUACGUUCAGAAUGUUGAGCCAUUGUGCAAAAUUCUACAUGUUCCCACCACUGCGGAGAUGGUCAACACUCUGUCACAGCAACCGAACAUGGCCUCUAAGGCCAAUGAGUGUCUUGUCUUUUCUAUCUACUACUUUGCCGUAUACUCCAUGACGGAUGAAGACUGCGUGUGCGAGUUUGGGCAGUCCCAGAUCGCGCUGAUGGGGAAGUAUCAAUACGCUUUUCGACAGGCUCUUGUGAAUGUGUCGUGGCUGAGGACCACAGAAAUACCGGUCCUGCAGGCAUACGUGCUCUUUCUGAUUGCGAUGCGCACUCAAAUUGACCCGCAUACGUUUUGGAUCUGGACAGGCGUUGCGAUCCGCAUUGCGCAACGGAUGGGGCUUCAUCGGGAUGGCGAGGGCCUAGGUUUACCCCCCUUUGAAAUUCAAAUGCGGCGGCGACUCUGGUGGCAGCUUCUCCCACUGGAAAGUUACGCGGGCCAGGUUUCAGGCACUGGGAUCUCUCUACCACCGAAUAGCUGGGAUACGAAACAGCCGCUUAAUCUGGAUGACGAACAAAUCUACCCCGGCAUGACAGACCAGCCAGAGGAGCAGAAGGGUGCUUCGCAAAUGAUAUACUGUCUUGCGAAAACGGAGCUGUCCAAUUUCUACACCCGAAUGGGGGUGAAAAUAAAAGACAUUGGUGGUGCUAUUCAAUUUAGGGAUAGUAUAGACCUCGAAAAGCGGAUCGACGAGGUCGAAAGGAGUAUUGAGACCAAGUAUCUACGCCAUUGUGAUAUUGUUAACCCGGUACACUUGUUGACGCUGGGAAUCGUGCGGUCUGCUGCGAACGCAGUCCGUCUACGCAGCCGGAUGUGGCGUCAGAUAAAUCAAAGUAUUGACGAUACAGAAAGGAGAAUGCUCUGCGUUCUCGCCCAGAAGGUCCUUGACACGGAUACCGCUCUCUACAGUAAUCCCCAUCUAAGGAAAUUUCAAUGGCAGAUCAAGACAUUUUUCAUAUGGGAUGUGCUAAUAUUCGUCCUAAAUAGCCUGGCCAAGACCGGAUUCUUCCCCCCCACGGAGCUAAACAGCACAUGGAAGAAGAUAGCAGACGUCUAUAUAAACCACCCGGAGAUUCUUCAGGCUAAAAGGGCCCUUUACACUGCAGUCGGCAAGGUCACGCUGAAGGCCUGGAUAGCCAACCCACCAGGCAACUCCAUACCGGAGCCAGCGUUCAUCACCACGCUGCGCUCUCAACAUGAAGUCAAAUUCGCCGAACGUCCAGAAAAGGCUGACGACAUCGGCAGUGACGAAUCCACGGAUUGGGUGAGUCCCUCCGGCGCGCUGUUUGGCGAUUUGUCUUGGGGGGAUCUGAACCUGGACAGUAAUUAUAUCCUUGGUACGGCGGACUGGUUACUUUGGGAUUAG